UUUGUUUCCGCAUUGAAUCCGCUUGCCUAUCAGUCCUGACGCUGCCCCCGUCCUGUGUGCUCCUUCACACCCCCUCAUCCAGAUCGUUCUCAGCGUCCCAAUGUCCCUGCGACUGUUUUCCUCCCGUCUAUCCGCCCAGGGGUUGUCCCCGGCCGGUUCACUUUCGCCGGCUCUCGCCAAUGCCGCAGUCGAUCGCUGGUCCCAAUUCACGCUCAAUGCCUCCGCCGUGUCGCAGUCGCUCUUGAGACCGGCAGCAGUCACGCUCAACAUCCCUGGAAUCUUGUCUGAUAUCUGGGAAUCCGUUCUCCGCGCCGUCCCGAAGAAGAAGACCUCCCAUAUGAAGAAACGUCAUAGGCAGAUGGCCGGCAAAGCAUUGAAAGAUGUCAAGAGCCUUAGCACCUGUUCAGGGUGUGGCCAAAUCAAGCGCUCACAUGUGCUUUGCCCGAAUUGUGUUGCGAGUAUCAAGAAGCAAUGGGGCCACAAAAAUACCGAAUGAAGCGAACAGACGAGGUGGCUCGAAGUGAUGAUAGAUGCUUGAAUUAUGUUUGGAUGGGAUUGUAUAAUUAUCGGGUCCAUAUGAUGUGUAGGAUAAAAUGCUGCAUGGCAUUCGGCGUUUGGUCCAACUAAUGGGUUCAUGUUUUAUUCCACUUUUUGUUCCUUUUAUCUUUUUAUCCUUCUCAUUUUACUGUGUACCUUAAGAACCGUAUCGUUCAUGUCCUUCAAUUCGAUAGAGCCAUUUGCAACCUG